GUGGAUUGACCACUACGCGAGUGUCAUUCGAUCAAUCAAACAAAAGUUCAAAACAUCUGUUGUAUGUUGUUGUGUUUUGUAUUUUUAAUUAUAAUUUAAUUCUUGCUUAGAUAAUUUAAUUUACAAAGCAUUUUAACCAAAUUAAAGCGAGUGUUUGAGUGAGUGCCGUAAUUUUUUUCUUAUUGUUGUGACGUCAUUAUUUUCGACUGCCAGUAAAAACGACGCAAUUACACCAUUUAAUUGAAAUGGAAUUAAAAUGAGCCAUACAUUAAUAAACGAGGCAGUGUUAAGCGAUCAGCAUGUCAGCGGAGUCGCCGCGACACGCGCGCUCGGGCGGGCCGCUCACGGUGCCGUCGCAGCCGCCCAGCGACCGCAGCAUCAUCGACGCGGUGUCCGGCUUCAUCAACGACGUCACGCUCUCCUCUUCCUCCACUGUUGAUCCUAAGGACGUUAUACAGUGGGCGAGGUUCGAAACAGCAGACAUAAACGAACCCACGCCGGAAGGGGACAGCGACAACGACGUGCCCCCGCUGCUGCUGAUCCUGGGCUACGGCGCGGGCGUGCAGGUGUGGCUCAUCCCGCCGGCGGGCGAGGCGCAGGAGGUGCUGUCGUGGCGCCAAGGCACUGUGAGGGUGCUCCGUAUACUGCCCACUCCGCAGCACGGCGACUGCUUUGCAUCGAAGAGGCCCCUCAUCGCCUUGUGCGACUCCGCCAGCCCUGGCCCAGCGUUUUGCUCACUCAGUUUUAUAUCGAUCCGCGGUGGAGAACAGGUGAAAAGCAUCAAAUUCAAGAACCCAAUACUAGAUGUUCUGGCGAACAAGCGCUCCGUAGUGGUAUCGUUCUCGGAGCGCUUCGCUGUCUUCGACGCAGCGACACUGGAAGACAGACUCGCCAUCACCACGUGUUACCCCUGCCCCUGCCCCCUGGGGGGCAACUCCCCCAUCAACCCCCUCACUCUAGGGGACCGUUGGCUUGCGUAUGCCGAUAAGAAGUUGAACCCGUCAAAACGGAGCAGCGGGGGAUGUGAAAGCGAAGGCGUAACCAGCUAUACCGCAACAGUACUUCACGCAGCGAAGUCCCUAAGCAAGGGUUUACGAGGGUUAGGCGAGAGUGUGGCUCACAGCCUCGCGGGCGGACGCAGCACAUCUCAGUCGCCGUCGCCGCCGCAUGCCGACAUACAGCAGCCAGGAGUGGUCACCGUGUUGGACAUCGAGGGCAAUGAGGACGAAGACAGCCAAGACUGCGAGGACCCCUGCGACCCUAUCGUAGCUCACUUCAUAGCGCACUCGGAGGCCAUAAUCGCCCUGAAGUUCGACCCGAGCGGGAUGCUGCUGGUGACGGCAGACCGGCGCGGCCACGACUUCCACGUAUUCCGCAUCAAUCCGCACCCCUGUGGCCCAAGCCUGGCCGCCGUGCAUCACUUGUAUAUCCUGCAUAGAGGCGACACUACGGCUAAAGUGCAGGAUAUAGCAAUAUCUGGCGACUCUCGCUGGGCAGCCAUAUCGACGCUGCGGGGCACAACACACGUGUUCGCAAUCAGCCCGUAUGGCGGCGCGUGCGGGGUGCGCACACACACGCAGCCGCGCGUCGUCAACCGCCUUUCGCGCUUCCACCGCUCAGCCGGCCUGCCCAUACACGGCGCCCCCUGCGCACAUAGCCCUGUGAGUAACUGUACAGUUUGUGAAGGCAUGGGCGCAGGCGCGUGGUUCCCCAACCCUCGUUUGCCGCCCUACCCGCAGCCAAACAGCAGCACCCCGCUCGCACAACUGCGCCCCACGCAUAACCUAGCCACGAACACUAUCACUAGGACCAGCUCGGGUCGGCAGCGUUUGUCUUCUGUAUCGGAAGAGAACGGCUCGGUGCCGCUACUGGCUCGCGUGUGCUUCGGUGUGAGCGGUAUUACAGGCCGAGCGGCGUCAGUACCGCUUUACUUGAUGGCGGCCUCUGGUGCUCUGCUGCACCUGGCGUUGCACCCUCGCCCCGCGCGCAGUGUACCGAAGGAAAAGAUCUGCGAUGAGUCUCCGAUAGAGUUGGAAGUGGAGGCGAUGGCUCAGUGGCCGCUACAGAGACCGCCGGCCGCUGCCGAUCUCUUAGCGCCGCUACCACCUUCCAACCCGCUUCUACAACCGCUUAGCUGCCGGAGAUGUGCAGAUAUGUGUAUGAGCGAGGAAGAGCGCUGGCUGUCUCAAGUGGAAAUAGUGACGCACGCCGGUCCGCAUCGACGACUCUGGAUGGGCCCACAGUUCGUCUUCAAAACUUACAAUAGCACUGGCUCGAACUCGUCGUUGUCUGAAGUGGAAGCCGUAGAGGUGGACACGAGCGCGGCGCGCGGCGCGGCUCGCUCCAACCCCGUCAACAUGCCCGGCGUCAGACCAAUCGUGCCCGUACUCAUCGACUCCGGUUCCGCUAGUUCGCUCGAGCACUCCCCUUCCGACAGUUUCCGGCGCAAGUCCCUGCUGGCCGAGAGCGGGCGCGCGCCCUCCGUCUGCGACGUGCAGCUCAGGGAGGACCUCGCAGAAGCUAUGAAGGAGGACCACGGGCUGCGGGAGGGGCGCUCGGAGCCGCGGGUGGUGUCGAGCGCGGGCGUGGAGCGCGCGGUGGCGCCGCAGGGCACGGUGGUGGCGCCGCUGCGCACGUCGCAGCCGCCGCCGCUCGACCCCGACGCCUACACGCGCUCCAACGACGACGAGGGCGCCUUCCGCCCCGUGGUGCGCGCGCCCGCGCCCCUCGCGCCGCACCUCACCGCGCAACCGCUGCCCCACUCCACGACCAUCCCCGUGCAAAGCGUCUCACCGCGAGAGCUCUCUCCGGAGGAAGAGCCGCUGCCACUCAACACGGAUGUCGUCAUCCCUGCCGAGCUCACCGGCGUCCGCUCCUGGUUACCCGUGGCAGACCGCAUCGACUACGGCACCGAAGUCUUCGAAGAACGAACCGACACUUACGACUUCCAUGACGAGAAGUACAUGCUGAUCCCCGAAAGGGCAUCGCCGCCCGAUGUAGCAAAAUUAGAUAGACCUAAUUUAGAUGUUAAGGAUAUCGUUGUAAAUAAAGAUCUCGAGCGUGAUAGUGUGAAGCGUGAUAGCGUGCGCGAGAGGGUCUCGGUUGCCGAGACGGAGCGAGAGGACGUAUCGAAAUCACUGCCAAAAUUGAAUCGAGCGCCGGAUGAUAUUCAACCGGUGGCUCGACCUAGAGUUAAGAAAUCUCCCACCACCAAGUCAGUUAGUGAUAGAGCUGCUAGUGGCAUUAGUAUUAAGAGUAAAAUAUCUACGGAUGACUGCGAAAUUAACUUAUCCAAAAGAGAAGAGGAAACUCCGAAAGUGAAAACUGUCGCUGAUGUUAAAAAAGAAGUAGUUCAGACGGCUAAAGAUGAAAAGACGCAGUCGCAGAAAACCGUUAAAGAGUCGGAGUCAGUUGAAGUUAAAAAAGAUUUCUCUGUAAUCGAAAAAAAUAGUACUGUUGUUACGGAAGUACCGAAAUGUGCUAAUAAAGUAUCGACAGAAAAGCAACGUGAAAAAGAAAUAAAAACGGAGGAGCAAGCUUGGGAUAUGCUUUUGAAUGAACCCGGAAAUUCUGUGAAAUCAAAUAAAGAGCUAUCAUGUUCACCGAAAGAUACAAAAAUAGAGGAAACAAAAAUUAAAUCUAAAAAGAAUCGAAAGACUAAGAAGUCGGAAGAGCAACAGGCAAAAGAAGAUGAUGACAGUUUUAUUGAAAUACAUGCAAUAGAGGACAAGCAUCAAAUUUUAAGUGGAGAUCUAGUGUCCAUUUCAACUCCAUUUGAAGAAAUGGAUACCGCCUCAUCUUACUUGUCAAAGUCUAAAAAACAACGCUCAUCAAAAAGCAGAACUCCCGAAAGAAAGGACGAGAAUGAAAUAAAAGCCGAUAAUAUCACUGAAAAUCCAAAUGUUACUUGUACUGGCACGACAAAGAAAAUGAACCCCAAUGAGAGCCUUUUCAGUGAAACAAAAUCCUGUGCACAUUCUACUUCUAUAACAAUAGAAACUGUCCACGAUUCUCAAAAUAAGGAACCGCUUUAUUCUGAUACCAUAAACCUUCUCGAUUCUAAACCUGUCACAUCACUUUUUGCUAAAGAAUCUCCAAAAUCUGUUAAAAGUAAAUCGUCGUCUCCGAAACUUGAUGGUCGUAAAACAGGAAAGACUUCUGAAAUUGAGGAAAAGGAGGUUUAUGUUAUUAAUACAACCGAAGAUGAUUUUCCAGAAAUACAGAUAACGCGUGGCAACAAAACACAUAAAAAAUCACCAUUGCUCUCCGAAAAAAAGAAUCACGAAAACGAUAAAGUUGAGAAACCUAUUAAAUCUUGGAGUUCCAUUGCAGCAUCUAAAAACGUUAAAAAGGAUGACGACAUUGAACCUAAUGUUGAAACCAUCAAAAAAGAUGAUACCCAAGAUGCAGCUACGAUUUUAGAGUUCAAUAAAAAGUCAGAAAUAUCUUUGCAAGAAAAACUUAUGGAACUUUGUAAAAGAACCGAUAUUAUGGUGGCCGAGUGUGAUGCCCCUUCCGACCUUAAUUUCGUUGAAGAGCACCAUUCAGUUUUGCCUGAUUUACCGCCAUUAGAACCCCUGGGUUUCGGUUUGGACGACUUCAAACUCGAAGUUAUGAGAGACAGUCUUUUAGAAGAAGAUCAAAAAAUAACUAGCCCCAUCUGCAAAAUUAACAUUGACGAUAUACUUUCAUCAAUUAAAGAUACUACAAAGAAAGCAAUCGAAUCGAGUACUUUCAAUCUGAUCGAUAUAGAAAAAGUGCCAACGCGCAAAGAGAAAGGGUUUAACGUCGUUGAAAGUGACAAAAUUACAUCCCAAGAAGUUAAGUUGGACGAUGAUACAAAAGCCGAAAAGGAUGACUUAGAGAAAUCGUCUGAUGAGGACAUCGCGUCUCCCGCGCUAUCGGCUGAUAGUGAUAAAGACGAUAAGAAAACUUCUGAAGCUGCUAAUGCCAAUUUAACUUCUAAGCAAUCGAAAUCCAAAAAAUCUCGUAGAAAGAAAAAGUAAUAAGAAUCGUUUUCAACGUUUUUGAGCUUGACGAUAUUUUAGGCUAUGCAGUUUACAGUUACUAGUGAAUAUUACAGCUAUUAUUGUUGUAACUUUAGAUAAGCAAAUGAAUUUUGAAGUGGAUAUGCACAGAUAAAAUACAAAAAAAAAAAUCCUUACAAGGUAAAAUUAUAAUUCUUUAUAAUAUACGGUAUACGAUACUGAUAGUUCUUUAACAACAAUGUUAAGAAGAAUUGUCAGUAUAACUGUGUAACAAAUAAAAAUUAUAAACAAAAAAUUUAAAAAAAUGUAGGAAAAACAAUAAAAAAUGUCGUCUAGAUUUCUUGAGCAAAUAUUAUAGGGAAGUAACGUUAAAUUCGGAGCCAGUGUACUUAAGGCGUAACGCGUACUUACGGAGUAUAGUGGAGCUGAGGCACAGCGCCAUUUUUAAUAAACGGCAAAAUCUUAAAUUCAGCUUUAUUGACUUUGUCAUAUAGUUGAAUUGGAAUAGUGUAAACAUGACGUCCGUCUACGCCGCACUCCGCUUUAAGUCGCCGCUGUUACGUCAAAUUGAAUUAUGCUGAGUUUAUGAGGAGUUUCCCUAGCGCGUUCCCCAGCCCUUUUCAUACAAACAUAGUUUGGUUCUCGUUCGAACCAAUGGAACUCAAUAAAAUUUCGUAGGCACGUUGUAAAUACAAUUAUCUGUGUCUGUGGUUUGUUAGAUUUACGUAAAAAUAUUUAGUUUUAAAAUUAUAAAGGUUCAAAGAUUGUAUGUAAAUCCUUGAGUCUGUAACUUCGAUACAGAUAUUAGUCCCAAAAUGUGUCUUCAAUAUUUCAUUGAGUUUGAUUGGUUAGUGUUCAAAUAAGAGCCAAAUUACAUUUGUAUGGAGUGAUGGAGAAGUUAAAAAUAAACUCCUCAGUUGUUAAAGAGAGACGAUUUGUAUUGCCCCUCAGCUCUAAUUCACUCUGCAGGUGUGCAUUGCGCUUUAGAUCAGUAAAAUGCUAUUGGUUCCAAAAACAAAUCAUUGAACGAAUUUAUUCUCACAAAAUAAGUUGUAGUUGAAUUCAAAGUUAACUGGUACCAUAUUAGCCCCAUGUGUAUAAUUAAAACUCUAUCUUACUAGUAAUCUUUAUAAUGGCCUGCGCAAACGAUGGACUUGUCAGCGGAGGACAAAAACCCCGUAGCGUACAUAAAAUGUCCGCUUUUGAGAACUUGCUACGGACUCGACGCACAGGGUGUGUGAUCAUUUGUUCGCCCGGCCGUAGAAACUCUCGACCGCUCGAUGUAGAUUAAAAUCUGUUUUGUGCGUUGACGCGUCUAGAAACGUAAGUUCUAUUCUUUUUGAGAACUCCCCCGUACUUCUGUGCAGUCCGGUUUGUCGAGGUCUCGGCUAUUUGGGCGACUUUGUACGGGGACUUGUAGUCCCUCGUUUGCGUUAUUCGAUGCAGUAAGCGAUCUAUUUCAACGGACAAAAAGUGCCCCAGGACUGUCCCUCGUUUGUGCAGACCUUAAUAUAAAUAAAUACAUUUAAAGGUGCUAAAAAAAAAAUAUUAAUUGACGUCUAUAUACUACACACCAGAUGCUCAUUCCCUUCAUCCCAAUAGAAAUUUUUUGCGGGCUGCAAUAACUCGCUUUGGCUUAUAACUUCAUGCAGUGUCAUAUUUAUUUUGCCAGCUUCAUAUAACAAGAUUUUUGUUUGAAAUGACUAUCUAGUGCGUAGUACAUACCAGAUGUUGUUGAUCCAAACCCACAGAAGCUCAAGAAAUCUGGCACAACCUUUUUCAGUGCUCUAAGUAGGUACUUAUUUUGCUUAAUUUAUUUAGAUUAAUGCCAUUUUAGUUUUAUACAAAACUAACUGAAGCAGAACUAAGUACUCAAUUUACAUGAUCUUGUUCAUCUUUUAUGCCAUUGAAUUUUAAUGCGUUUAGUUCAAGUUUUGUGUAAAAUAUCAUUGGUAGAACGUAGUUUUAGUUAUAAAGUUUAUUUUCUACGCGCAGUGCACUACAUCUCAGUAAAACUACACGAGGCCAGUACAGAAAAAAAAAUGCGUUAGGAAGUUCGCGAUGUGGUUUAGUUAGACAAUCAAAUGGUGCACGUUUCUACACGAAACUAAAAUUCAAACUAAAUUGAAAAGGCUAAAAAUGAUGCAGUUCUUUUCCUUACACUCUUUAUGGAAAAGGGUAACACAAUUUUUAGUCCUGUUUAGUUUAGUUUAUAAUAUGCACGACCGAAUUAGCACCAAUUUUGUCUGUAAUAAGUAGAAUCUCGCUAUUCUUAGAAAGAAUAUCCACUAAUGAUAAUGGAUUUUUGAGAAAAAAUAAUUUUAUCUUUACGUAUAGUUCUUUAUUUUUAUUUUUAGUCAUAAUAUUUAUAUUUGAUAAAAUUCAUUUAUUUCAAGUGCAAGUGUUAAAAGUGCAUAUAAUGAAAUUAUUUUAAAUUUUUAUUUAUUCUAUACAAAAUACUAGCUUAUGCCCGCGACUUAGUCUGCGUGGACUAUCAAUCAGUCAGUCAGUCAGCCAGCUUUUCCUUUUUUAUAUAUAUAGAUAAUCUAAGUAACAAUUUAUUAUGUUAUAAUAUGGAAUAUACAUGAACACUAUCUGAUUUAAGUAUUUAUCAUUGUUACCCUGUGUUUAUUUGAUUAUAUUAUGGAACUAUCGAACAUUUUGAAAGUCAAAAAAAUGUAUAAAAUACCAUUUAUGGUCAAUAUCAAUAUAGUUAACAUAACGAAAACCAUGUAUAAAUUGUACAUUUUUGGAACAUACUCACUUAUAAAUCUAGUCUCGUCUUACAUUAUACCUCACAUGAUAUUCUUAGUAUUUCUCACCAUCCUCCAUACUGAAAUUAGCAUAAAGGAUAAAAAAGCUUAAAACUGUAAUUUUAAAAUCAAACAAACUGGUAUAUCAGAUAAAUUAGUACCUAAAUUGGGUUUUCUAUCCACAUCGGCUAAUUUCUUAUUUUCUAAUAAGGAAUCAUAAUAUUUUUUUUCGUGAUCCUUAAGAAAAAAAUUCUAAAAUGAAAUUACUUCUCAAAAAGAGAUUUAUACUAUAAAAUCACCGAUAUAACAAUCGAAGUUUUUAGGUACUAUUAUUUGCCAAUUAUUUUGAAAAUAAUAAAAAAGUAAAACUGUUUUUAUUGAUACUUACUACAUAAUAUUAUAAUAUAAUAUUUAUUAAAAAUGGAAUAUAACUGUAGUUAACAUUAAAUGUAAUCUCUGUGUACUAAACAUGCUGUUAUAUAAUAAUAUAUAUUACGUAAAAUAUUGUAUAGAAUACCUCAGUAUUAUUUGCUAUGUUUUUUAAAAGUUCCAUAAUUAUUGUGACCAAGUCAUUUCAUUUUUGGUAUAUAAUACCGUGACCUACUGCUGUCUAUAUGUACAAAUUCUGUGUAAAAUCGUUUGCAACGAGUAUUAUUUAUUAUGUUUUGUUCAUGUAGUCUUAAUAUUAUGUUAAAUCAUGACAAAUAUUUAUUUUUUAUGUUUGUCAAGACACAUGGGUAACCUGCGUUUAGGCAAUUUUUAUUAUUUUUUUGUUAUUGUGAAUGCACUGGUGCAUUGUAUAUAGGUACAUUUUAUAUUUUAAAUAACAUCGUUAUUAUAAGUUUUAUUUACCAUUUAUUUAAAAUAAUCAAUUUUGUUAAAGUGUAUAUGUUUUUGUGGUACUUAUGGGUGCAUAUUAUAUACAUUAUUCAAAACAUAUCAUCGGCAACAAAUUAUAUUAAAUAAAUAUCAGAUAAUCAGAAUUGAUGUCAACCGUGUUUCAACAAAACUAGUAGGUGUUUUUAAUCGAUUCAAAUGAAUCAAUGAUUUAGGAAAUAAACUACUUACAUACUUAUAUAUUGUUUUAAGAGCAACGAAAAAUGGGAAAUGAAUAUGCUCUUUAGAUAUCGAAAAUCUUUAUCACUUCUCUCCAAAAACGGGGUAUUGAAUUUAAUUGAUAUACCUAUUACGUAAAACUUAACUACCUAAAAAAAUACCCUGUUUUACCAAAGGAUUCUCAUUAGAAUAUUAGGAUUUAUAAAAACGAAGAGCUAUGAUUUAAGUAUUUAGAUACCUUUCUGUGUGCAUUUGAGGUUUCAUCUAAAAACAUUACACUUAAAUAAAAGACCUACAUAAUUAUAAAUUACAAUACAAUAUUAUGAAAUAAAUUGAACAGUCCAAUUUGUCAGUAACAUAUACUUAUGUAUUAUUAUUAAUUGCUGCUUAAGAUUGUAUUAAAAAAUUAGUCUUUUUGAUGAAUAAUAUUCCAAAAAAAUUGAAAUUUAUUUUUGAAACUUUACAAUUAUUAUUAUCAUCUAAGCUAAAUUAUUGUACACCGUUUUAACUCCAUGAUAUUAUUUUUCUUUAUUGUAAUCGAAAUAUUCUAAAUAUAAUAAUAUUAUUACGUAGACAAAUUUAUUACUUACUGUAAAUUUUAGAUUUGGCACCACUGUAAGAGUACAUGUGUUAAUAAUGUUAUGGAGUGUUUAAAAUCUUUAGGAAAAUUAAAAAAUGACAUUUCAACAACCAA